AUGUCAUCCGCCGAAUCCCCCACGUCUGACACCGUCCAGGAGUCGUUCAAGGAUACCGAAUCCAAGAAUGUUAACCAGACCGCUGCUCAGCUUCGCUCCUUCGCCGCUGGCGGCGCUGGUGGUGUCUGUGCGGUUGUUGUCGGCCACCCCUUCGACCUGGUCAAGGUGCGGAUGCAGACUGCUGCCCAGGGUGUCUACUCGGGCGCCAUUGAUGUGGUGAAGAAGACUAUCGCCCGCGAGGGUCUGGCUCGCGGUCUCUAUGCUGGUGUUUCUGCUCCUCUGGUCGGCGUUACGCCCAUGUUCGCCGUCAGCUUCUGGGGUUACGAUCUAGGAAAAACGCUUGUCAGCAGCGUGUCUGAAGUCAAGGUCCACAACAACACCCCGCAGUACACAAUUGGCCAGAUUUCCGGUGCUGGAUUCUUCUCCGCUAUCCCCAUGACUCUCAUCACUGCUCCCUUCGAGCGCGUAAAGGUGUUGUUGCAGAUCCAAGGGCAGAACCCCCCGCCACCUGGCGAGAAGCCCAAGUACUCCGGCGGUGUGGAUGUCGUCCGACAGCUGUAUAAGGAGGGAGGAAUCCGUAGUGUGUUCCGUGGAAGCGCAAUGACCCUGGCCCGUGACGGCCCCGGCUCGGCUGCCUACUUCGCUGCCUAUGAAUACAUCAAGCGGUCGCUCACUCCCAAGGACGCGGAAGGCAACGUGACCGGUGAUCUGUCGCUGCCAGCUGUUCUAGCGGCUGGUGGUGCUGCCGGUAUUGCCAUGUGGAUUCCUGUUUUCCCUGUCGACACAAUCAAGUCGCGUCUGCAGAGUGCACCGGGCAAGCCCACGAUCGGUGGCACCAUUCGUGCCGUCUACGGCAACGGUGGAUUCAAAGCGUUCUUCCCCGGGUUUGGCCCAGCCUUGGCCCGUGCUGUCCCUGCGAACGCCGCCACAUUUGCCGGUGUCGAGCUGGCUCACAAUUUCAUGAAGAAGCUAUUCGACUAA